UCGGUUUGGAUUCCUGCAAACUAACACAUCCAAUUUUGCCUCGGUUUAACAUGAAACUAACAGUAACCGUCCGUUCUAGUAUGUAACACACACGGUUUGAAUAUCGAUGAUGCUAGUGAUUGUGACUUGUAUGUUUAAUGUGCGAGCGUUUUUAAUAGUUUGUAAUAACGAUUUAGUGGUUCACCGAAAAUUGUGACAACAUGUUGGAAAUUUUUUGAGUUUUGACAUCCCAUUUAAAAUAUGUAUGCGGUUUUGGUUGUUCUCGCCGGUUUGAUGCAACAUGUUGUGUCGCAGUCUGAGUUAAUGCCUAUGUAUGAUCCAUUCCAACAAGCGCCUUUGUAUGAUUAUUCGUAUCCGGUGACAAAUCCUGGUCUCAGACAAUCAGUUAUCACCCUCGGAGCUUGCAGAAUCGUCAUAGAUCCAAUUUGUCCUGAUCCGGAUGUAACUUUCUUCUUGUACACGAAAGAAGCACCUGAAACUCCGGUACAAGUCACAGUUGGCUCAGAAUGGACGUCGAAUUUGGGUGACACUUACUUUAAUCCUGAACAUCCAACAAAAAUUAUCGUACAUGGCUACAACUCUAAUAUGCACCUGACUGCUUUAACCGAAAUCAGAAAAGAAUAUUUAAAGACCAAGGACUACAACAUCUUCACGGUUGAUUGGGGUCCUUUGGCGAUGGGUCCUUGUUAUCCUGGAGCUGUAUUUAAUGCCAGACACGUGGGAACCUGCGCAGCCCAACUUGUAAGACAAAUUAGAAACGCCGGCGCCGAAGACAUUCACAUCAUCGGCUUCAGCUUAGGGGCGCACGUGACGAAUUUCAUGGCGGUCGCACUCCGACCAUAUUUAAUCCCGAGGAUCACAGGCUUGGAUCCGGCUUUGCCCGGAUUUAUAACGAUGAACAACGACGACAAACUGGACAGGACCGAUGCUAAAUUCGUGGACGUCUACCACACCAAUGCGUUCGUUCAAGGAAAGGUUGAGAACAGCGGACACGUGGAUUUUUUCAUCAACGGCGGCGUAAUACAACCAGGAUGUUGGGCCGAAAAUCGUUUUUUCGCCUGCAACCAUCAUAGAGCACCGCUGUACUUUGCGGAGUCCAUAAACACCCCGAGGGGAUUUUGGGGUUGGCCUUGUCCCAACUACCUUCAAUACUUAUUGGGCCGGUGUCCUCCGAUUGAUCCCCAAAUAUUAAUGGGGGAGUUGGUGAAUCAAACUGCGACGGGCACUUAUCUGGUGAUUACUGAGUCCGUUUCGCCGUUUGCUGUGGGAAAAUAUACGGGACCGGCCAUAGAAAUAUUCUUGAAGAUGUCGGAGAAAAAUCGGGUGGCUGUUCUGAACAAUUACAACAAGCAGAUCAUGGAAUAUGUUGAAGACGAUUUGAAGAUGGACGAAAGGAACAAACACGAGAUCAUGAACCAACUGAAUCAAGAUUUUGCAGAUAGUUUGUUUAGAAUGGAUUUUAAUUAUACAGACGUUGAAAGUAUUGUUGGCUUAUGAAAGACAUUUAUUUCAUUGCCUUUUUUGAUAUUUGUUUAAUACUAUUGUGUGAUACAUUUGAAUAUAUUUAUUUAUUUGAUGACUAAACUAUUGUAUGAAAAUUUUAAAUUUGCAUUUUGUUUAAAGAA